UGGCCUCGCAGCCAGCCGCGGCCCGACAGGGAGGCGUUUUGGAGGCGGGGCGUGGCUGCGAACUGUCGUUAGCGGCCUCAGGGCCCGGCAUGCGUUUGGUGGUGCUGCGCGUCCUGGGCGUCAGGGCGCCCUCGGUACUUGCGCCGGCUGCUGUAGUCAAACCUGUUGCAGCGGCAGCGGCGGUAGCAGGAGGGGUCCGAGAACGAGGCGGAGAGUGGACGCUUGGCGGGGCCUGUGGUUUCAGAAGCGCCUCCGCAGUCAUGGCCCCAAUCAAGGUGGGAGAUGCCAUCCCAUCCGUGGUGGUGUUUGAACGUGAGCCUGGGAACAAGGUGAACCUGGCAGAGCUGUUCAAGGGCAAGAAGGGGGUGCUGUUUGGAGUCCCUGGGGCCUUUACCCCUGGCUGUUCCAAGACCCACCUGCCAGGGUUUGUGGAGCAAGCUGGGGCUCUGAAGGCCAAGGGGGUCCAGGUGGUGGCAUGUCUGAGUGUUAACGAUGUCUUUGUGACUGAAGAGUGGGGAAGAGCCCACAGCGUGGGAGACAAGGUUCGGCUCCUGGCUGACCCCACUGGGGCCUUUGGGAAGGAGACAGAUUUAUUACUAGAUGAUUCGUUGGUGCCCCUCUUUGGGAAUCGACGGCUCAAGAGGUUCUCCAUGGUGGUAGAGGAUGGUGUAGUGAAGUCCCUGAAUGUGGAGCCAGAUGGCACAGGCCUCACCUGCAGCCUGGCCCCCAACAUCAUCUCACAGCUCUGAGGCCCUGGGCCCGGAUGUACUCCUGUUUCAGCCCUGUGCAGAGGGCCCCAACCUCAACUGGGACCACCCAAUUAGAAACUUGGUCAAUUUCUGCAAUAAAAAUUUCUAGUUCA